UUCAACUCUUUUAUGGGGGUUAGAUCGGUGCUGGCAGGGUCCAGCGCGCUGGCUGUUGGAGCGGCGGUGGCAUUGCUGCAUUCUCCAGCGUUCAUAGGUCGCUUCUAUUCGCUCAUCCUCCUCCAGGUUCUUCUCUUUAGCACCAUUGUUUGCGAUUGUCCGGCUUGGCAAGCGCUCAUUCGAGGCCUUCUCUGCAUUCCUUUAGGAGCUUCUGCCAUUGCAUUCUUCGCCAUAACACUGGGUGCACCGUUUGGAAACGAGUUUUUCUGGCCGACCUUCUAUUGGAGCUUUUUCAUGUCAACUUUGAUGAUCGCUCCCGCUGGCAUGGUUCUAGGCCCGUCAUGGCGACGCUGGCAACAAGUUUUCGCGUUCACGAGGCCAAGCGGUUCUCUGGAGCUGCUAGUUUGCGUGCCCGCUCAUGGUGCUGCUGUGGGAGCCUGGAUUGGUGCCUGGCCAAUGCCCCUGGACUGGGAACGCGAAUGGCAGCAAUGGCCGAUCUCAUGCACUUAUGGAGCAACCGGUGGCUACUUGCUGGGGUCGCUUGUGACAUUCAUCCUGUUCGUGCACAAGAGCGGGAAAAAAAAGUAAAUCAAAUCGAAAGAAUGACGAACUUCAGAAAGGUUAGCUGUUUGCAGACGUAUCCUUUGUUUCUGCAGGUAAUUUUCCAUUAAGCUGGAGGUCGGCUCUAGCUUUGAACAUUUGUGGAGCAUGAAACUCAACUCAUGGACAUGUUGGCAAGUUAAAAGUUUUUUGUGAGAUCAUUGGUUGCUUGGAGAGUUUUUCUUGGAGAUUGCAAACUUCACAGCAAUGCUGCUGUUGGAGUGGAUGCAAAACUUACACAAUGUGCUUUUGCGAAAUCGUGAUCACUUGUGUU